AUGUCGCUCGUGACCGGCGAGAAGACGAACUUCCAGUUCAUCUUGCGUCUGCUCAACACCAAUGUUGACGGCAAGCAGAAGAUCAUGUACGCGCUGACCCAGAUCAAGGGUGUCGGUCGCCGUUACUCCAACCUGGUCUGCAAGAAGGCCGAUGUCGACCUCACCAAGCGUGCUGGUGAGCUCACCACCGAAGAGCUCGAGCGUAUCGUGACCAUCCUUCAGACCCCUACUCAGUACAAGAUCCCUUCGUGGUUCCUCAACAGACAGCGCGACAUCACCGAUGGCAAGGACACCCAGGUUGUCUCCAACGGUCUCGACUCCAAGCUCCGUGAGGAUCUCGAGCGCCUCAAGAAGAUCCGCUCCCACCGUGGUCUGCGUCACUACUGGGGCCUCCGUGUCCGUGGUCAACACACCAAGACCACUGGCCGCCGCGGUCGCACCGUCGGUGUCAGCAAGAAGAAGGGCUAA